CUCAUCGUCGCCCUCUCUGUCGCCGCUCUCCUCGCCUACUUCGCAAAGUCCGUCCUCAUCCGCGAAUCCGCCCACUCUCCAGAGUCUUCUGCGUUCGGCUCAACUUCCGGCCUUUCCCUCGACGAGCAGCGCAAAUACCAGCAGCAGCUCCUUCGCAAUCGCAAACAGGCAAACCCCCAACCAGACGCCAAGCCUGCAGAGAGCAGCUCAGAGCAAAAACCCGUCAUGCAGCCGCCCAGAACAGACAUCGCGCCUGCCAAGCACGACCCCUUCACUGUCGAGCAGCUCAAGCAGUUUGACGGCACCGACCUCUCCAAGCCCAUAUACGUAGCGAUCAAGGGCACUGUCUUCGAUGUCACCCGGAAGGCGGAUACGUACGGCAAGGGCAAGUCCUACAAUCUGUUUGCCGGCAAGGACGCCUCCCGUGCCCUCGGCAUGUCUAGCCUCAAACCAGAGGACGCAGUGUCGGACUAUAGUACGCUCUCCGAGGCUGACUUGAAGACUCUCAACGACUGGUAUGACUUUUUCUCGAAGAGAUAUGAUAUCGUGGGCAAGGUCAUCGACCUUCCGCCACAAGGCCAGGCUUCGCUAUGAACCGGGGCACUUCGCAAUGGUCGCUUGUAAUUGUACUAUCUAUAGCUUCCGGUCGUACGAUCAUCUCGUCAAACCCUUCAUCACCGGCCGUCUUUCGACAACGAGUGACAGCAUGUACAAUGUCCUCCUCCGACU